AUGGAAGGUUUCCUGGAGGAGAAGAUAGAUGAGGAAGAAUUAGAAAAGAUGAAUGGGAAGAGAGCAAAGACUGGCAGGGGUGAGUCAGAUUUGCAGAACCUAAGUCAUAUCCAGAAUCCUAGCUGCAAGAGAGUCUGGGAAGUACACUUUUUAGAUCUCCAGCCUCCGCAGUACGAUGGCACAGUCAACAGGCUGGAACGGAAGCCGAAGGAGAUCACCUAUAAGAGCUGUGCAAACCAUUGCUGCAAAAAGCAAAGAAAAACAGGAAAAGGUGGAAGCUGACAUCAUCUAGCAGCAAGAAGAGUGGUACCAAAAGAGGAAGAUGAAGAAACAUAUGAUGAUUUUGAUGCCAAGAUACUUGAGGUAAGAAAUGUUUCUAAUAUGACAGCAAAAGAGGAAAGAAAGAGAUAAGUCCAUGUCCUGGUCGCCAUGGGAAAUAGCAAUGGAGCCACAGGCUGUGCCACUGGGAAAGUGAGUGAAUGGAUGACCGUUCAGAAAAGCAAGAAUAGAGCAGUUCACUACUUGCAUUAUAUAGAAUGAUAUAAAUACCAGGCAAUAGUCCAUGAUAUCUCUUUAAGUUUUAAAAGGACAUAUAUCAAGAUGAAGAAACAACCCAGAGGCUAUGUCCUCUGCUGCCACUGGGCCAUCAUCACCAUUUGCUGUCUCACUGGCAUCAAAGACAUGUUUGCCAAGGUCUUGGGAUCCCUGCAGCUCGACAUCACCCAGGGCCUCUUCCAUAGGCUCUCUCACCAGGGAAUCUGCCAAUAGCUGACUGAUAAGUUCCAGGAAGAGUGCAGCCCUCUGCCCACCUUGCCCGCUUCACCCCAGGGGGCCUUGAGAAAGGAUUCAGAGCCAGAAGAUGAGGAGGAGGUGAAGACCACCCAGGAAAUCAGCUCCAUAUGGUCGGAUUUAAAGAGAGCCACCCCUGAGCUCCCGCAGCCUCACACACCACAGUGUUGGUGGGGUCGGCCUCUGGAGGAGACUCAGUCUCAUGCUGUGGAAAGUUAG